AAGCACGGAUCUAGUUACUACAAGCUCUUACAAUCUACUAAUGUAACUUAUAUUCGGGCGAGAGCCCUGUGCGAAGCUGAAGGAGCAAAGCUGGUGAUGCCAAAAGACCAGGAAACUCAUGACUUUAUAGUGAGGUACAGAAAUCAGUUUUACCCCAACAAAGAUCUUUGGAUCGGACUGAACGAUAUAAAGACUGAAGGCAACUUUGUGUGGGAAGACGGUACUCCACUUGGCAACUUGAACCGUUGGCUACCAGGUCAACCAAAUAACGUUGAUAACAUGCAGCACUGCGGCGUCCUCACAAGAGAAAAUAACACGGGCGGGUAUCCAAACCAGUGGCGAGACGAUGACUGCAGUGAAGCAAGGGGAGUUAUCGUUAUCUGUGAAAAGGACAUCCUGUUCUGUGAAGAGGAGACGCUUCUAACGGAUGCUGGGCAGAUACUUUUCCCCCGUACGGAGGGUGGAACUUUCUCCUACUCUAAACAACUCUGCCAAUCAACCUCAGGAAGUGGGAGGCCCUUGGUGACUCGUUUUUGUCGUCUCACCACAAGUGGAGUUGCUGUGUGGAAUUCACCAGUUUCCCUCACAUGUGGCAUCAAUUUGCAAAAUCUAUCCCAGACAACAAAUGUGACCGAAGAGACUGCACUGACCGUGGCAACAAAACUACAACUGAUCACUUUGCAAGCUGAAACUCUCUCAACUGAUGAUAUAAUUAUAACCAGUCAGCUCUUACAAGAAAUCACCAAUGUCAGCGCCACGAAGCAGAUUGGAGAAUCCAUUCUGACAGUUGCAGAUAACACCAUGAAGGUCAACGAAACUGUGCUUCUAAAAAGCCAUAUAAAAGAUAGAGCCCCAGCAAGAGUUCUUCAAGCAUUGGAGAUGUUUGCAGACAGAGUGGAUCUGAGUACAGACAGGUUCACCUCCAAGCGACAGGACGUGGCACUGCAGGCAGCUGACGUCAGUGUGCAGGAAUUUGAUCAGGGCCAAGGACUUGCCUUGUUUCUGAACGAAAACGGUUCCAGCAGCCUGAGUGAAGGCCGGCUGUUCAGCUUUACCAAGGAGGAUGAAAGAGAGGGAUUUUUACAGACUGCUGACAUUGAUGUCUCCAUCAGUCUGCCUGCUAACCUCUCGAACGUACUACCUUUAGACAACACAACAGACGUCCGGGUGAGCUACAUUCUGUACAACGACGACAGCUUGUUUGUUCAGCCUUCCCAGGAUGCCGUGCGAACCCGCAUCAUUAGCGGUAGAAUUGCAGGGAUGCAGGUGAAGAACCUACCAGAGCCAGUUGUCAUCACCUUUGCACCAAGAAAGGAAGUUUCUGAUGAAGAAGGUAAAGUGGUGAGAUGUGUUUUCUGGGACUUUGAUGCUGAAGCAGGACAAGGGACGUGGUCAUCAGAUGGGUGUAUGAGUCAGGGCAAGGCCAACGGACGGUACACGUGUACCUGUAACCACCUCACCAACUUCGCUGUGCUCUUCGAUGUGCAUGGUUCAGGGUUUGGAGAGCACGAAAGACCACUAGAAGCCAUCACUUAUGUGGGCAGUAUUGUGUCUAUUAUUGCCCUGGUCCUCACUCUACUAUCUUUCAUCAUUACAAGGAAGCAAAGACAAAGUGCCCGUGGUCCUCAUGCCAGGAACCAGCGACUGGUCCUGAUCAACCUCUGCGUGGCUUUGCUGGCCAUUCUAAUCACAUUCUUAGCAGGCAUCGACCAAACGGCUUCUCCCGUUGGUUGCACUGCUGUAGCAGCUUUGUUACACUACUUCCUAUUGGCUGCGCUGAUGUGGAUGGCAGUUGAGGCUGUAAUGAUCUUUCUGGCUGCCGUGAUGGUUUUUGGCCACUAUGUGUCUGAGAGUUUUGUCUACAAGGCUGCAGUUGUAGCUUGGGGCUUUCCGCUCCUUGCCAUACUGUCGACUGUCGGGCCAUCAAGUUUCUACGAAUACAAGAUGAGCAAGUACUGUUGGCUGGCUCAUCUCCCCAUGUCGUACGCCUUUCUGCUUCCUGCUGGUCUCAUACUGAUGUUCAACAUGAUAGUCUUCUCCAUCGUCAUGUACAAGCUGGCCAAGAGGGAGAAGGUGCAAAAAACUUUAACAGGUACCAAGGAGGAAGACGUAGACAAACAAUGGAUACUCGGUCAGCUUCGUCGGGCCUUCAGCAUCAUGUCUCUGUUUGGUCUCACAUGGGUGUUCGGCUUCUUUGUCAUCAGCGGUGGUCAGCCUGCUUUCGCCUACCUGUUCUGCACCUUCAACACUCUCCAGGGUCUCUUUGUCUUUAUCUUCCAUUGCGUCUUGAGAGAGGAUAUGAGAAAGUGGCUCAAGAGCUUCGACUGCAAAGGAAAGAAUGAGAAUAAUUGUGUUGUCGAUGAGAGUAAGUCAUCUUCUGCAGCAGCUGAGCUAAUGCAGUUUAAACGUGUACAUCCCGGCAACAGUCCGGAUGGGUCAUUCGAAGAAUUAGCUGAAUGAUACACUAGAAUUGUUACUCAUGAAACUGAAUGGAUUUUGAAACGAUUUACUUCGGUACAAAUCCUGUCUAUCUCUUUAAUCGGAUGUCUAACCUAGCUUGACAUUUGCUGUGAGUAAAAAUAAACUUUCUGCAAAUGGAUUGCUAUAAAUUUUGGAAUGUGGUUAGGUUUAUCUAAACCUACCCCAAAAAUUUAUCAGAUCACUC